ACUGUGUCCUGAUCUCAGAAGCCCAGUGCACCAUGCUUCCCUAUAACCAGACGUCUCAGUCACCAGGGCUAGCGGUGGUGAGGGCCUCGGAGGUUGACAUGUUUCUCAAGUUCUUUUCCUAUUUACACCGGCUCGGCUGCUACAGACACAUCAUGCUGUUCGGCUGCACGCUUGCUCUACCAGAAUGCAUCACUCCACGCCAUGGACAACCCAGACGUGUCGUCCUUCCCUGUCAGUCGUUCUGUGAGUCGGCCAGAGAGGGCUGUGGACCUGUCCUCCAGCUGUUCAACGCAUCAUGGCCUGACUUCCUGCGAUGCUCCCAGUUCACCAACAACACUUCCGGGUUGCCAGGGUUGUCGUCCAUGGCAAUGCAAGCCGAGUCGGGGGUCAGCCCAGGUACAGGGGUUAACUCGGCACUCCUCAGCCCCAACUCCAUCCCUUCCAGCUGCUACUCUCCCAGACAGGUCAAAGGCAAACCAUCUGUCUGUGGAGGACACGACCACUUCCUGUGUGUGACUGGACUAUGUAUCCCCAGGAAACUAGUUUGUAACGGAUAUAACGACUGUGAUGACUGGAGUGAUGAGGCAGAGUGUGUGUGUGGAGAAGAGGAGUUUAGGUGUGGGACGGGGCGCUGUGUGUCCCCCUCUAUGGUGUGUGAUGGAUACGAUGACUGUGGAGAUCUCAGCGACGAACACAGCUGUGUGUGUGACCCAGUCAGGGAUCACCGCUGUGAGGAUGGGAGAUGUGUUACCAGGGACUGGGUGUGUGAUGGAGAUCAUGACUGUCUGGACAAGAGCGACGAACUAAACUGCUCCUGUAAAUCCCAGGGUCUGAUGGAAUGUAGGAAUGGUCUGUGUGUUCCUAGUGCCUUCAGAUGUGACGGAGAGGAUGACUGCAAGGAUGGCAGUGAUGAGGAAAACUGUACUCAACUACAUAUUCAGGGUGCGUGUCCUCCUGGCCAGCCCAGCUGUCCCUCUACUCCCAGCACGUGUGAUGCUCGUAACAACUGCAGUCAUUGUGAGCCCAUUACUUUAGAGCUGUGUAUGAAUUUGCCCUACAACAGCACCACCUACCCUAACUACCUUGGCCACGCGACCCAGAGCGAGAGCUCUGUCUCCUGGGAGUCUUCUCUGUUCCCAGCCCUGGUUCAGACCAACUGUUAUAAAUACCUCAUGUUCUUCGCCUGUACCAUGUUGGUCCCCAAGUGUGACUCACACACACACCAGAGGGUGCCCCCCUGCAGGUCAUUGUGUCGGAGCUCUAAGGAGCGCUGUGAGUCUGUGCUGGGUAUUGUGGGUCUUCAAUGGCCGGAGGACACCGACUGUAACCAGUUCCCCGAAGACGGACCCACCUGUCUACUACCUGACCCGGAUGUUGAUGAGUGUUCUCCCAGUCACUUCAAAUGUCGGUCCGGGAGGUGUGUCCUGUCCUCUAAACGCUGUGAUGGACACAUGGACUGUGACGAUGACAGUGACGAAGACAACUGUGGUUGUGUGGAGCGAGGUCUGUGGGAGUGCCCAGGAACCAGGCUGUGUAUUAAACACACUAUGAUCUGUGACGGCUUCCCAGACUGCCCUCUACUGGAAGAUGAGAACAACUGCUCUGUAUGCAAGGACAACGAGCUAGCCUGUAGCAACCACCAGUGUGUUCACCGGACUCUGUGGUGUGAUGGGACAAAACACUGUUCAGACAGCUCUGAUGAGUGGGACUGUGUCUCUUUGUCGGAGGGGUCGGUAGUGACCGUCUUUAGGACAGCAGUAGAUUACCAUGUCUGUGGGGAUGACUGGACGAUGGACCUCAGUCAACUGACCUGCUCUCAGCUCGGCCUAGGAGCCCCAGCAUCAGUAAUUCUGGUUCCAGACCCUCCCAGUGUUCCAGGGAGGAGGAGGUGGCUUCAUGUUCACCCUGACUGGAGACAGAGGAACGGCUCAGCUCUACAGGGCCUACUGGAGAAGAGAGGACAUGCCUGUUUCUCCAGGAAGAGAGUGUCUCUACACUGCACCAAAGAAGACUGUGGCUUGCGCCCGGCCGUGCGUCUGUAUAAGCGUAUUCUGGGUGGCAGGGUGUCCAGGCCAGGGAGGUGGCCUUGGCAGUGUUCUCUCCAAUCAGAUUCUAGUGGACAUAUCUGUGGUUGCGUCCUCAUUGGGAAGAAAUGGGCCCUUACUGUCGCUCACUGCUUUGAAGGACGUGAGAGUGCAGACCUAUGGAAGGUAGUCCUGGGCAUCAACAACCUGGACCACCCGUCCCCCUACCUGCAGACCAGAGGUGUAGAGUCCAUCAUUGUUCACCCUCGCUAUAACCGGGCCGUGGUCGACUAUGACAUCAGCGUGGUUGAGCUGGACAGGGAGGUGGAGGUUACCAGUUACGUUCGACCGGUGUGUCUUCCCGGUAACGGACAGUUACCGCAGCCUGAUACCUACUGUUAUAUUACUGGAUGGGGUCACAUGGGUAACAGGAUGCCCUUCAAACUCCAGGAGGGAGAAGUAAGGAUCAUCAGUCUGUCUCAGUGUCAGAGUUACUUUGAUAUGAAGACCAUCACCACCAGGAUGCUUUGUGCUGGAUACGAGGCUGGCACCGUGGACUCUUGCAUGGGUGACAGUGGUGGUCCUCUGGUGUGUGAGGAGCCUAGUGGUGGGAGCUGGACCCUGUAUGGCCUGACGUCCUGGGGUAGCGUGUGUUUCUCCAAAGUCCUGGGUCCUGGGGUCUACUCUAAUGUUACACACUUCACACCCUGGAUACAUCGACAGAUCUACCUCCACACCUUCCAUCUACACUGACACAGACAGACCUCCACACCUUCCAUCUACACUGAUACAGACAGACCUCCACACCUUCCAUCUACACUGAUACAGACAGACCUCCACACCUUCCAUCUACACUGAUACAGACAGACCUCCACACCUUCCAUCUACACUGAUACAGACAGACCUCCACACCUUCCAUCUACACUGAUACAGACAGACCUCCACACCUUCCAUCUACACUGAUACAGACAUACCUCCACACCUUCCAUCUACACUGAUACAGACAGACCUCCCCACCUUCCAUCUACACUGAUAGACAGUUUUUCCCUUGUAAUGCCAGUCACUGACAGUCACUCACUUAGCGAGGUAUGUUGGUCCAGCGGCUCGC